AUCGAUACCAAAAUUACUUGGAAUCGGACGAAAAGUAUCAAGUAUGUACUUGUAUUUUCUAGUACCGUUUUGUCCCUAAUUAUGUUAUACGAAAGGCAUAAUGCCUAAAGUGGUUUCACGCAGCAUUGUUUGCUCGGAUUCUAAGGAUCAAGAAGAAUACAAUGAAGAAAAGCCAUUAAAUAUAUAUUAUUGCCUUUGUGGAAAGUUAACUUUAAUUAUUGAUUGUAGAAUUGAUAUUUUGCCCCUGCGGCCUGUUGAUGGAGCACGAGUGAUUGAUGGAAAACAACAUGCUCAUAAGCUUGCUUUUCAUGGAGGUCAGUCCCUCUACAUAAAACGCGCCAAAGGAUACGAACGGCAAUAUCGCUUAAACUGUAAAUAUUGCAAUCUGCCUUUGUACUACCGUCACGAUCCUGCAUCCGAUGUCACAUUCGUCAUUCGAGGUUCAUUAGUUCGUAAAAAAAUUGAUAAUGCGCUGGAGUUGGAAGAAGUGAUGACUGCGGAUUCAUGCAUUGAAGGAGUAGGUUUUGGUGCAAGUGAAAAAAUCAUGGUAACUCGCCAUACGAAGCACAUGGGAAAAUUUAGCUCGGUUACAGUCUCAACCAUUGACGAGGAAGAAGAUGAAAUUGAAGCACGCGAAAUCGCAGAUAGUUAUGCAAACAAUGCCAAAAUUAUAGAGAAACAACUACAGCGGAAAGGUGGUAAAUUGACGGAUUUGUGUUUACGACAAAAAACAGAAGAACCGCCUUUAGCAAAGAAAGCGAGGGGAACAUUACUUGAUUUGUAAACCAUUUUAUGAAAAAUAAAUUUUUUGCAUUGGAAUGAUAAUAGAUUGUAAUAAAAUAAU